AUGGCGUCUAUUGGGAGGCUCGAUGACAAAGUUGCACUAGUGACAGGUGCCAGUUCCGGUAUUGGUGCCGGCACAGCCAUAUUGUUUUCUCAGCUGGGAGCCCGUGUCAUCAUCACGGGGAGGAAUGAGGAGAAUCUGAAGAAGACAGCAGAGCAGUGUAACCAGGACAAGUACAAGCCGGUGCUGCUGAUUGGUGAUUUGACUAAAGAGAACGAUGUACAGCGUAUCGUGGACGAAACCAUAGCGGCCGCAGGCAGGCUUGACAUAUUGGUUAACAACGCAGGGGUGUUUAGCACUGUCAGUAUUGAAACAACAAGUCUUGAGGACUUUGACAAGAUAUUCAACAUCAAUGUCAGGUCUGUGUAUAAUAUAACAAUGCUGUGUGUGCCGUAUCUGGUGAAGACGAAAGGCAACAUCGUCAACGUCUCCAGCAUUGCAGGACUCCGGCCAUUUCCUGACAUUUUGCCGUAUAGCAUGUCAAAGAGUGCUCUUAACCAGAUGACCAGAUGUGUUGCACUGGAAAUGGCGCCCAAACAUGUCAGAGUUAAUGCCGUAAACCCAGUGGCGACUGACACCGAUAUCUUCAGACGUGCUGGAUUUACUGAAGAGGACAAUGCCAAGCUCCUCGAACAAUGUAAGUCAGUACUCGCCCUGGGUCGAGUAGCAGAGGUUAUUGACGUUGCCAACCUCAUCGCCUACCUGGCCUCCGACAGCGCAUCGUUCAUGACGGGUAACACAGUUCCCGUUGGAUUUUUUCAGUAAUAAUUCGCAGUGAAAGGUCAACGCUGUGCUGUAUAUAUCAAUCAUAUAUGCCUCGCACUUCUUAGUAAUAACCCAAUUAAAACAUGUAUGUCCCAUGCGUCUUGCCUAUGAUACUCCAAAUGCAGCCAUACAUGCCCCAUGCCUUCAACACUCCUCAAAAUCAGAUGCGCCUUGCUUUUUGCCCCAAAUCCCGCAAUUCCGUCAUAUCAAUGUCAUGUCUCUUGCCUGUAAUUCCACAAUGUGUAGUCAAAUUUGCCCCAUGCCUCAAUAAGCACUUAUAUGCCAUGCUACUCGUCU